CCGCAGCUGUACAGCUGGACUGGUCAAGGCGCUAGCGGAGAAGGCCCAUGGCGGCGGCCACAGCCACGCCUCUGGCAGUACUUGAUGGGGCGAGCAACGCCUGGCACUCGCAGGGGGACAUGUUGCUGGCCGGCUUGGACUAGGGGGGCAUCCUGCUCGCUAGGUACUUUCACUCGGUCUUUAACAAGAGCAGGGCGGGGGCCUGUGCUUGGGGGUGCUGAACACUAUCUUGGUCGAGGGUUUGAGCCUACCAAGUUCUGCAGUGUUUCAACUGUUAGGCAGUUGCCACCAUGGAAUUUCCUCCACAGACAUUGGCUGCGGGGUGCAAUAUCCGCUGAGAGACUCUUUGGCCCUAAAAAUUUGCGCAAGUAUCAUCUGUUAGAAAUGAGACCUUAGCUCUGCUGCCUUGCAAAGCUGACUCGCACAGAAAAGAGUCUCUGGCUUCAGGACACACGUGCUAUAAUUUCACAAGGCCCAGAAAGCAAGGGAAGCAAUGUCAGAAGCCGGGACUGAGCUCAACUUGAAGCUGCUGGGAGCGGAGGUCGGUGAAUUGCCAGGGAUGACGGCAGGGGGCCAAAGGGAGAGCAUUGACAAUGAUGAGAGCAAGGUGACGCUGGGACUGGGCAGUGGAGAGGACCAAGAUCAGCCAGGCUCGCUGACAUCGCUGGAGCAGGAGCUGCUCACGCUGGGGGCGCAACCACAGGACGCGCCGCAGAUGCUCCCUUCGGACCUGGCUGGAUCCUUGGCUGGAUCAUCGGUGGAGCAGGCAAUUGCAGCGGAGGAGGCCGUUCCGGGGGAGGGUGCGCAGGCGGGGCAGGCGGCAGGCAGGGGGAGUGCCGGGGGGCAAGUGCCUGUAGGCAUGGGGGCGCCCGACUACUCCCAUGCAGGAAUGCAGCCGCAGGAGUAUGGCGCCGGUGACUACAAUCAUUAUGGGGCCCAAGUCAAACUGGAGGACAACAGCAGGAGGGGCCACCAGGAGAUGCCUGCGGACAGCGGCGCUGCGGGAGAGGCGGGAGUGGGAGGGAAGCGGCCACUGGAGGGGGCGCACGCGGGGCUGGGGCUGAGCCGGCAGAGCACGGAGGAGAGCCUGGGGCGGCACAUGGAGGGGGGCCGCGAGGGGGAGGACGGCGGGACAGAGGGCGAGGAGCAGGAGGGGCGCGGGCAGGGCAACAAGAAGCAGCGCCUCGUGUGGACCGCCGAGCUGCACUCGCGCUUCAUGAACGCCGUCAACCACCUGGGGGUCAAGAAUGCUGUGCCCAAGACCAUUUUGCAGCUGAUGAACGUGGAGGGCAUGACUCGCGAGAACGUGGCUAGUCACCUCCAGAAGUACCGGCUGUACCUGAAGCGCCUCGCGGGGCUGCCUCCCAACGCGCGCCUCUCCCCGGAGCUGGUGCAGGGCGGCUCCCACCUGUACCCGUACGUGCACCAGCCGCACGAGGUGCCGCCGCCCAUGAUGAUGGCCCCCCCGCUGCACCAGGGCUAUCCCCCCCAUGGUGCUCCCUACUACCCCCCUCCCCAUCGCACCGACACUGGCGGGCCUCCUCUGAUGGGCAGCCCCGCCCCUGCCUCCGGCGAUGCCUCUGCCCCUGGCCCCAAGCCGGGAGAGGGCCGUAGCGGUGAGGCGGGCGCUCCGCCGUACCCUGCCCCCAUGGGGAGCAUCCCGCCGUCGCCGCCCCACUUCGGGUACACCCCCGAGAUGUAUUCUAGCUUCAGCUCCAUGGCCCACGGCGGCUGGCACCCCCUCCCCGGGCCAGGCCCUGGCCAGCCGCAGCCGGGGCAGUACCGCACCGCCGACCCGCUGCCGGGCUCGCCUGCGCCGCCUGGGCAAGGGGCCCAGUACUCUUCGCCGGGGGGAGGCCACUACAGCGGCCCUGUGGGGGGGUCCAUGUACAACGCGGGGGCAGGCGCGGUGGCAGGGGUCGGCUCUCCUGCCCCGCUGCAGGGCAGCGCUUACGGGUAUCAGGGCGCAGCGGGGGGGCAUUACGGCAGCCCUGGUAUGGGCAGCCCGGGGGGAACAGGGUCGCCGCCGUCGGCACAGCGAGGCUCCGCGCCCGCAAUGCAGCAGUACGCGGCCCCAACGUGGCAGCAGGACCCCCCUGGGGGCGGGUUCGGCCAGCAGUUCUGGAUGCAGCCUGCAGCGCAGGACUGGCAGCAGAAGAGAUGGCCGGACGCGGGGCAACCGCAGCAGAGAAAGUGGUGAACAGCGGGGGAGGAGCAGUCCCACCGAGAUCGAAGCGAGAUCAGAAGUACAUUCUUUGACGGCCCAGCGCGGGAGCUGUCGUGCAUUUGGAGAUGCGCUCCGAAUGGUUGGAAAUGUUCAGUAGUUAGGUUGAGUCGGGCAGGAAUCAGGUCUUCCUGUCGUGUGUGCUUAUCAGGGGUGAUCAAGUCCACACUUGGGCUCGCUGCUAACAUGAUGUGUCUUGACGACCGGGCCCGGUGGUCGCUCCUUCGAGUGUGUGUGUGUGGUUUGAUUUAAGUUACUCCAGGCUUUGUGAGGAGCAGUGCCAACGCUAGCUUACCACGUCCAUGUGGAAAACAUUACUGUAAUCUGUUGAUAUAAAUCAGUCACAGGCUCACAUCCGGUUAAGUUUACCGGAUUUACCGUCUUCUCCAAGUGUCGUGCAUAACAUAAACGCAAAACAUGGUUCCCCG